AUGGCUACACCCGAGUCUCCUCGCAAGACUGCGCGUGUUGGUCUCCGGAUCCUCUUUGAGAGCGUCGAGAAUGGCGGAGUCUUCGAAGUGGGGGCGUCCCGACCGGGACUUGUCUUCGAAGUCCGUGUCUCCGCUUGCGAAGCGAGCAAACCAGCGCUUGACAGUCUUGAUGGUAGUGGUGCUCUCGCCCAAUCUGCUGCUGAUGUUGCGGCCGUUGCCCUUGCUUCAAUCCCACCACGCCACUCAUAG